ACUACACUCCCCACAAUGCGGCUCGGCGGGCGCAGCCUCACUCAGCCCCGGGCUCAGCCGUGCGCCCACGCCGGGCGGAGCGCCGCUGGGCCCGCUGCCAUGGCUCCGGCGGCGCUGACGGCGGCGCUGCUGGGCGGGGGAUUGCUCCUGGCCGCCUGGCGCUGGUUGCGGGCCGCGGCCCGCCGCGGAGCAGGAGCCGGGGCCUCCAUGCGGGGCAAGACGGUGAUCAUCACCGGGGCCAACAGCGGGUUGGGCCGGGCGGCGGCCACCGAGCUGCUGAGGAUGAAGGCCCGCGUUAUUAUGGGGUGCCGCGACCGCGCGAGGGCCGAGAGGGCGGCCCGAGAGAUCCGAGCCGAGCUGGGCGAGCGGGAGGCGGCCGAGGGCGGCGGCGAGCUGGUGGUCCGAGAGCUGGACCUGGCGUCGCUGCGCUCCGUGCGCGCCUUCUGCCACCGCGUCCUACAGGAAGAGCCAAGGCUGGAUGUUCUGAUAAAUAAUGCAGGGAUAUUCCAGUGUCCGUACAUGAAGACAGAGGAUGGCUUUGAGAUGCAAUUUGGUGUAAAUCACUUGGGUCACUUCUUGCUCACCAACCUUCUUCUGGGCCUCCUUAAAAAUUCUGCUCCGAGCAGGAUUGUGGUAGUAUCCUCUAAGCUUUACAAGUACGGAGAGAUCAACUUUGAAGACUUGAACAGUGACAUAAGUUACAAUAAAAGCUUUUGUUACAGCCGGAGUAAACUGGCUAACAUACUGUUUGCAAGGGAGCUAGCCCGUCGUUUGGAAGGGACGGGAGUCACUGUUAAUUCACUUCAUCCGGGUAUUGUCAGAACAAAUUUAGGGAGACACGUGAAUAUUCCGUUAUUGGCAAAACCCCUAUUCAAUUUGGUGUCGUGGGCUUUCUUCAAAACACCUCUGGAAGGAGCCCAGACUUCUAUUUAUUUGGCCUCUUCUCCUGAUGUUGAAGGUGUGUCUGGGAAAUAUUUUGGGGACUGCAAAGAGGAGGAACUUCUGCCCAAAGCCAUGGAUGACUUGGUUGCAAGAAAGCUGUGGGAUAUAAGUGAAGUGAUGGUUGGUUUAUUGAAAUAAGUGCCAGUGGGAUUAUCUGAUAAGAAAAAUGCAGAUAACUAUGCAAUGUAAACUUGGAACUGUAAUUCUCACCUUAAAUGCUGUGAGAACACAGAUUAAUGCUUAUGAAUUUGGUAGAGGAGUGAUUUAUGCUGGAAUUCUGUUUUAAAAUAAUCUUUAUUUAAUAAGGACAAGCAUUCAAGAAGAACUUUAAAUAGAGUUUGAGAGUGUGAAUGUAACUUCUGACUAAAUCUGUUCAGAAAGUCAUGUUCUAAAAUAAAAAUAAAACAAAACUGUGUUUUGUGGUAAACGUU